AUGAUGAUGAAUGGCAGCGGUGGCAUGUCGUUGCGUCUGUGGAGUUUUCAGCGCUUGUUCAAGCUGGUCUUGCCGCUGUCGUUUCUUCUGAGCCAUCGACCCACUUGUGCCGCGUCUUGGUUCCAGUUUUGGACGGUUCCAGCUGUCAGUUUCAGCAAUAGAAGACGAGCUUUUCUGUUUGGAAACAACAACAACUUGGUGGAAAACAACUUUGUGGAAAACAACAAGCAUACCAGAAUACUCCAAGAUGGUUUGAUUGGCUCAAAAAGUACAAACAAAAAUGCCAUGGUUGUGGUCGACCUGUGCAGUCCUUGGCUAUGUCUUCGAGGAGGAGGAGCCGAUGACAGGGAGGAUGUUAGUAGUCGUCGCCAUCACGGCAGCGCUCGUCGCCGCUCCAAGAAAAGCAGCCGACACCACAAGCAGCAUCAUCAUCAUCGACCCAAAUCAUCCAAGCGACGGCGACGAAAGAGUCGACAGGAUGAAAUGGCAGAGGAUGGUUCAGACAGCAGUGACAUCAGCAGUAGACCAUCCAAGAAAUCCAAAAGAAAGAAACGAAAGAGACGUUCAGCAACAACAAAGGACACAGUUGCGACCAGAAGACCUGCCUUUGUGGCACGUGAUAGAGAACCAGCAGCUGCCGAUCCACCAUCCCUUAGACCCAAAGGCGUCAAGGGUGUGCGCCCUCGCAAUAGUAGUUUUGUCAGAGAAACCACAGGCACAGUCCAGGCUGCUCUCGGCAAGAAACGAAAAAAGAAAAAGAAGAGAAAGCAGCACUCUAGUAGCAAACAAAAGGGAGCUCGAAAAGCAGCUUUCGUCAAUCAGGACGAUUACGACGACGACGACGACGUCACCAGAGACAGUGCUGCCUCCAUCCAUGAGAGUCCAUCGGUUGUCAGUGGUACUGACGAGGAUGAGGAUGAUAUUGAUGAUGGAACUAGUAAAAGUGCUAGUCGGAAGAAACGGAAAAAGAGGCGAAAGAAAAAGGCACGAGGAAGCAAGAAGGCAGGGCUGUCGUCCAUUGCCCCCAAGACCAGGAUGGAUACAGUGCCCGAGAAGUCGCCUGUAUUAGAAGCUUCUUCAGAGCCACCCAAGUCGCACAAACUUGGCUUCAAACAGGAAGUCACAUCGACCGAGAAAUGUCCUACAGAGCUGCCACCCAAGAAGUCACACAAACUUGGCAGCAAAAAGAGAAAGAAGACCAAGAAGAAGAAACGGAAGAAGCAAAAGAUUAGCCCCGAUGUGGUCUUGGCCACGACGACAACUACGGCAACAGUACCGUCUCUGGUGGAUGAAAGUACCUCUGGAGAUGACACAGUAAAUACGCAAGUGGCUGCUUUGCCAGAAGAAAAAGAAGUGCCACCCCAACCUAAAGUUGACAGUAGUGGGGUGGAGGAUGGCAGUGAAGAAGAAGAUGAUGAUGAAGGUUCCGUUGUCUUGGAAACCCCAACCAGCAAGGUUGACGCCAACAUCACGUCAGCAAGAGAUAUGGAAGAGCAGGAGGAAUCGACAAAACCCACCGGCAAGUUGGAGACAGAGGAACCCCCGGCAAAGUCAACCUCUCCACCACAGACGACAACAACGGACACUGCAGAUGAUAACUCUGAAAUUCAAAGUGACACUAAUGACAAGGAGGGCAUUGCUGCCAUCAACUCUCAAGCAGAUCCAUCAUCACCUGCUCGUCAGAAAGGAUUGCCAACCAAAGAAGAAGAAAGUGACCAAGCCAUAGUGGACGCUGAUGACGAGAGCGUCGAUGAUGAUGAUGACGACGAGGAGGAGGACACCGAGGAGGACAGCACUGUGGACGCCGGCAAUGAGAAACUAAAGUCUGUGGAGGAUUCAGGGGCAGAGGACGAAGACGAAAUUGGCGAUAGUGAAGAAGACGGUAACAACGAAAUUGACGCGGCAAGUGACGUGAAACAAGAAGAAGCGUCCACCACCAAAGCCAUCAUCGAUGAAGAGGACGAGGAUCUUGAUAUUCCAAUCAAGGUGGAUGGAGUGGAUGUGACAAUUCAUAUCAAUCGCGAGAAAGUAUCUGUGCAUCUGGAUUCCACCGACGACGCUGUUUCUACUCCCGCUGAAGAGGAUCAGAGCAAAGGUGACACAACAGAGAACGUUCCAGAUCGCACGAUACCAAAUGUCGAGGUUGGUAGUACCAAUGAAACUUCCCCAGAAACCAAAGUUGGUAAUGAUGACUUGACCAAUACCACCAAGGUUGUAGGCGAGCAAUCGGCCGUGACCAAACCAAACGACAAUAGUGUAGCCGGGGAGACGCCAAGAAACAAGACGGUUUCUCAAAAAGACACAUUCGCAGGACACUCCGCUGAGAAGAGUGAUGGUGGGGCAGUCGAGGAGUCCAAGCCGGGUCUCUCGGAGGCGUCACAAGAUGCAGAUGAAUCUUCUCAAACGGCAGCUGUUGCGGGGACCAAAGACCUCUCUUCGAUUCUCGAUUGUCCAGCUAGUGACAGUGACAUGAACGUUUCCAUUGUGACGUGGAAUUUGGCUGAAUCCUCACCAUCAGAGGACGAGGCUACUUUCAUUCGUCGGUUCCGUGGGAGCGACUUGGUGCUCGUUUCCGGACAAGAGUGUGAAAACAUCAAACCGCGAAGAUCGGAAGGCCACAGAUCUAGGGAAUUCCGGCGCCUCAUGAUCAAAAUGCUGGGCAAAAAGUAUGUUCCGCUUGGUCUCCAUUUGCUCGGGGGCAUUCAAUUUGGGCUCUUCUGCAAGCGAUCCAUCUUGAAAAAGAUUGAGUUCGUGAGCAUUGCGGAUGUGACAUGCGGGAUUGGCAAUGUUUUCCACAACAAGGGAGCCAUUGGAGCCUUCGUUCAAGUCAAGGCAUCAAAAGCCGGUAACGGAGCCAAAGAUGCCGUGAAGAGAGCCAAGUCGCUGAAGAUGCUAUUCGUGACAGCUCAUAUGGCCGCCCAUGUAAAAAACGCGGAAGCACGAAAUGCGGACUUUUGGAGAAUAGUUCAAGAGCUCGAAGCCCAGGCACCGCCACGCUUCUUGACUCCAAACGAUGAAGCUGAAAACGAAUACAGCAGCGGGAAACUUGGUGGUAGCGGCUCCUACCUCUUGGAUUCUAUGGAUCGAGUGUUCUUUUGCGGUGACCUAAACUACCGGAUAAACUUGCCACGUGAAGAAGCGGAGCACACUGUGGAACAAAUGAAGAGCAACCCGAAGGAAGCCGACAAGUUAAGGGAACGUUUGCUACGGCACGAUCAGCUUUUGGCCACGAUGGCUGAGUGUAAUGCCUUCGCGGGGCUUUGUGAAGGUAAGAUCACAUUCCUACCGACUUUCAAGUUUGACAAGGGGACAGAUGAGUAUGAUACGUCCCACAAACAAAGGAUUCCUGCAUGGACGGACAGAGUGGUGUUCAAGCCAACUGGCACACGAAUUGUCGAAUACGAUUCGGCCCCAGAGGCCAUGCACUCGGACCACCGGCCUGUGUUUGCGUCUUUCCGGGUUAGCACCGUCGGUUCAGUACUUUCAAAACCCCCAAAGCGGAAGAGGAGACCUCGACGGGAUCCAUAA